AUGCCAAUUAAAGUGCUCGAGGAAUGUAUUCGACGCUGUCAAGAGGACAGCACAACUUCUAUACAGAAGUGCUUGUCUUUCGACUUUAUGCCCAGUAGACGUCGCUCGGGAGUGUUUGUCGAUCCAGAAAGUGGGUCUGCUUUAGAUCAUAAGGAACUAGGUGAAACGGAAAGUGUUGUUGUCAGCAACAGUGAACACACGAAAGGAAGAAAACUUUUAUCGAGCAACAGUUUCAGAAGUGCUGUAGUUUCCAACGAUCGACGCACCAGGCUGCCUCCUAGUGACGUCAGAACUAAAUUAUACGGAGAUUCUUCGUGUUAUUUGUAUUACGAUCGAGCUUCACCAGAUGGCAGUGAUAGGCUAAUCAGAGAAAUGGAUGCCUGGCAUUUCAACGAGAUUUGCCUUACAUCUCCGAAACUUCGCCAGGAAUGCUCCAACAGACUUUAUGUUUUCGAGAGAACGCCCGGAUUUCGUUUCGAUGGUGAAGGAGACGAAGUGUUUGCUGCCAAUCGAGCCGAGUGUCAAGACAAGUGUUUGAACGACACUUUAUGCCGGUCUGCAACGUUCGACAGCGCAAGGCAGUUAUGUAAAUUAAGUAAACAGACGAAACAGAUGAAUCCCACUGCUUACAAAGAAGACGCCAACAGCGACUACAUGGAAAAUCUGUGUCUUCCAGACUCCCUGAUCUGCUCCACGAAAGCUUUCAUUAUGGAAGCUGGGAAGGAGCUUGAUGGCGCUUAUGACCGGGACUUAGUCAAGGUCAAUGAUUACAACAAGUGUUCGACCCUUUGUACAAACAGCCUGGAGGGACGUGGAUUCCUCUGCAGGUCCUUUGUCUUUGACGACAAAUCUGGCACGUGCCUGUUGUAUGAUGAAGAUCCAGCUGAGUACAAAGAUGGUAACGACUCUCUCAGAGGCAGCAGCGGGAAUUAUUUCAGAGUUCUUUGUGGAACUCAGGAACGAGAUUCUCUGUUCAACAAUGCCACUCUGGAACGCUUCCGACGGAAGAGAUUGGACGGAUCCCACGAAAACGAGAUCACGUCCUACUCCUUCCAAGAGUGUUUAGAUUACUGUAUGCGUCGUUACGGUCGUGAUUGUCGUUCCGUCGAGUUCAGUUCCCGCUACCAUUCCUGUAGGUUCAGUAGCUACGAACGAGGCUGGGGAGCAUCUAAACCUAAUCUCGUCGACGACGAUUUUUACGAUUACUAUGAAUUCAGAUGGUAUCGCGGCGAUGGAAGGUUUGAUGUUGGUCAAAAGGGAGGAGGAUGGAACGACGGUAGAACAGGAGGAGGCUGGCACCCAAAUCCACCUCCACCACUUCACGAAGACAGAUACAGUGAAAGACAUGGCGGUACUUAUGAAGGAAACUACGGUGGUGGUCAUGACUGGUCGCGUGGUGUAGGCGGUUAUGGUGGGUCACACGGCGGAAGUGGUUAUGGUGGGUCACACGGCGGAAGGGGUUAUGGUGGGUCUCAUGGCGGAAGUGGUUAUGGUGGGUCACACGUCGGAAGUGGUUAUGGUGGGUCACACGGAGGAAGUGGUUAUGGUGGAACUGGUUAUGGUUGGUCGUAUGGCGGUGGGCAUUAUGGUGGGUCACGUAGCGGUGGUGGAAGCUACCCCCCUGGCCCUCCUCCUCCUCUACCACCUCCGAGUCCUAACUCGAUAUAUCCUCCUAGACUCCCUGGUCCACCUAUUCCACCAGGACCAGGAGGACUUGGUUAUCCUACAUGCACGGAUCACGGUGGUGGACCAGGGAGUGAUGUGUUCCAGAGAGUUGGUUUUGGACAAAGAUUACGAAGCUUCUAUAUCCGUCGGGUGGUGCGAGUCGACAGGGUGGAAGACUGUGAGCAUGAGUGCAUCGAAACACGUGACUUCGACUGCAGAUCUUUUAACUUCAGGCCUUUCUCUCCUGAGAACUGCGAACUGAGCGAUACUGAUACUACUAAGGUUCAGCUGAGUAACCCGAGCCAUUUUGACGACAACACUCAGUUCGACUAUUACGAGCGAGACAGUUCGAGAUCAGGUCGUCACUGUCUGGAUGUCAGCCAGUCUUGUUCGCCUGAUGGCAUGGAGUUCUCCCUUCGAACACCAGAUGGCUUCUACGGUCGUAUAUACACGUACGGGUUCUAUGACACCUGCUUCUACGACGGCAAUGGCGGGAAUGUGAACGUGUUACGCAUAAGUCGAGCGAAUGGUUUUCCACGAUGUGGAACCCAACAAUUUGGAGAUGUCAUGACUAAUAUAGUUGUAGUCCAGUUCAACGACUACGUGCAGACAUCACGUGACAAAGUCUACAAUCUCACGUGCUACCUUUCUGGGGGCGGAGAAACGGUAGUGACGUCAAGCUUCCUAGACACGCGAGCAUCUGGACGCCACCCAACCCAAAUCGAGCACCUGCCAGCUCAGAAUAUCCUAACCUCUAGUGUCGUGUUGAGAAUUCUGUAUCGUGGUGUUCCAACAAAUACUAUCGCUGUGGGCGACUUGUUGACUUUUAGGCUGGAAACACGUGGACAAUAUCGGUACGACUUUUUUACUGGUGACAUCUUCGCUACCAACGUCAUCGCCAAAGAUCCGUACUCGGGAAGAGAAGUACACCUACUUGACUCUAGAGGCUGUCCUAUCGACCUUUACGUAUUUCCUGAGUUACAUCGAACACCAGAUGGCGCUCUCGAAGCAGACUUUUAUGCGUUUAAAAUCCCCGACUCCACUUUAUUGGUAUUUCAGGCAACAGUUCGUACCUGUCGUGGACCAUGUGAACCAGUCAUAUGUAGUGACCCCGGUAGACCAGGUACUUUUCCCUCCUGGGGACGCCGAAAGAGGGCAGCAUCAAAUGGGACAGCACCCGCGGAACCUGCUGCCCCACCCAUCCACUUGACACAGACAAACACGACAACAGUUCCAGCUAAUAAUACAGGGGAAGAAGAGAAAGAGGAUGUACACGAGCUCUUGAACGUCUACUUAUCGCGAUCUGAUAUACCAUCCGAAGGUCCAACAGCAA